AUGAACAUUCUUCUUUACGAUGAUCUAGGCGCAUCACCUAAUUCUGUCAAACAAGCAUACAACACUCUGAAAGCAUUGCUUGGGCAUGCUUAUGAUAUUAUAAAAAUCGACCGAACAGUUCUUCAGUCCGAGCCGUGGGAAACUGGCUGUGCUAUGCUCGUUAUGCCUGGUGGAAGAGACUUGCCUUACUGUGAAGCACUCAAUGGCGAGCCCAACAGACGGAUAUGCCAGUUUGUGAAGAAUGGAGGUUUGUACCUUGGAAUAUGUGCUGGCGCAUACUACGCUUCUCAAGGCAUAGAGUUUGAACGGGGAAAUCCAAGGAUGGAGAUCAUUCAGCCUCGAGAACUGGGGUUUUAUCCAGGACUAUCCAGAGGAACGACCUAUCCAGGCUUUAUCUAUAACAGCGAAAGCGGGGCAAGAUCGAUCUCGGUAGUGAUAGAAAAGGAUACACUGCAUAACGGAUAUCCUGCCGCAAGUGACGUUCCAGACGAAAUCAAAAUGUAUUAUAACGGUGGUGGAUAUUUUGUGCAUCCGGAAGAACAUGGCAAUGUUACAGUUCUGUGUCGAUUUAAAGAUCCUGGUCCAUUGUGUCUAGACGAGCCCAAAGGUCCUGCAGCUGUCGUUCAUUGUAAGGUGGGUAGGGGCAGCGCCUUACUGAUAGCCACUCAUCCAGAAUAUGAUGCCUCUUCAGAAGAUUUGUUACUUGCCGAUAGUGCAAAUAGUAAAAAAGUGCGCGACAUCUUGAAUGAUCUCGUUUUGUCUGAAUUGAAAAGAAAACAGUUCUUACGUGCGGCUUUUGCACGCCUUGGGUUACGUGUGGUGCCUUUUGAUGAUAACAAGAUACCUCAAGAGAACAAGCUACCAAAUAUAACUCCAUUAUACAUGUCUGGACUAUCAAACGAAUGGAUUCAUGGGCCACUGUCAUAUCUCUUGAACAAGUCUGAUAAACAUUCACGUCUCCUGAAAGAUUCAAGUGAUAUAUUUCAUGUCAGGGAGUUGGACAGCCCACUUGAUGACGAUAUUCAUAUUUUAUCAAUGUGCAGAGUUAAAGAAGGCAAGUCUCCUGUUAUUGAAAUCUUAUAUCCCGAUACGUCUUACCCAGUGGAGCCCAUUUGCCCUCCUUCAAGCAUGACGUUGCAGUUUAACCUGGUUGAAUACUAUCAACAGUUAACCCAGAAAAGAAUCGCUCAUCAAGAAAAUACGCUUCAGUUUGGAAAUGGGCUCCUAUAUGCUGAAGUUAUUGAUAGUACUCAGACAAUGAUGGAAAAGAACUCUACGUUUUUGGCAGGCUUACCAACUGGUUAUCUGUGUUUAGCAAGUACACAAAUCGCAGGACGAGGCAGAGGAAGGAACUCAUGGAUAUCACAGUCAGGAGCCUUACAGUUUAGCAUGAUUCUAAGGCACAAAGUACACCUCAGACAUGCUCCUGUUGUCUUUAUUCAAUACAUGGUUGCCUUGUCUAUAGUCGAAAGCAUACGAGAACGACAAGGAUACGAAGAUGUUCCCCUAAGACUAAAGUGGCCAAAUGAUAUCUAUGUAGAAACCAGCAGCGGAGAACAGAAAAAAGUAGGAGGGAUCUUGAUAAACUCAUCGUUUGCUUCAGAUGAUUUCGUUUUGGUCAUUGGGUGUGGACUGAAUCUAUCAAAUCACUUUCCUACUGUUUCAAUCAACGAUAUCUUUAGAAACUCUUCCCUUGCCCCACUUAGUGCUGAAGAUGUCUUGGCUGGUAUCAUUGCCAAGUUCGAAGUGUAUUACGGUCACUUCUGUAGAGAUGGAAUAGGUUCAUGGUUCUUGGACACAUACUACAAACGAUGGCUGCACAGCAAUACUAUCGUUACUCUGACGACUCAUAACGAUGAGAAGGUAAAGGUGAUUGGCAUUACAAAAGAUCAUGGUAUGCUGUAUGUUGAAAGCCUUGAUCGACCAGGCAAGUUUUAUGGACUUCAACCAGAUGGCAAUAGCUUUGAUAUGAUGAAAGGAUUAUUAGUGAGGAAAAUUUUAUGA